CGCACGCUAAGGACCCUGUCUGUGGCAGCAGCUCUCUUUAGGGACGAGGUGGAUAAACAGUCCAGCCCGGACCUAAGCAGGAUCAGUUAGCCUGUAACCACUUGGCUGUGUGUGGUUACCACCACUUCUGCUGAAGGUGUUAACGCUGUGAUAGCUGUUGUUAGCUGGGAACAGGUCACAGCUCAUCUAGCUGCCCCAUCUCCAUGCUACAUUGGGAGUUCUAACUCAGCAAUUUGAAGUGUUUGUAUUUUACUAUUGUCUAACAUCGGGUGCAAAAAUGGUGGUUCAGGGGUCGCCCGUGGUCGAGGUCAUGACAUCAUCGUCUGGGUACGGGCCCACCUGGGACCUGGCUCUGGACCCCCUCAUGUCCUGCAAGCUGUGCCUUGGAGAGUUCCCUCUGGAGCAGAUGACCACCAUCCACCAAUGCCAAUGCGUCUUCUGCACCCUGUGCCUGAAGCAGUAUGUGGAACUUCUCAUCAAAGAGGGCCUGGAGUCAGCCAUUAGCUGUCCAGACUCUGCCUGUCCUGAAAGUGGGCACCUGCAGGAGAACGAGAUUGAGUGCAUGGUGGCAGCAGAGAGCAUGCAGAGGUACAAGAGGCUCCAGUUUGAGAGAGAGGUGUUGCUGGACCCGUUCCGGACCUGGUGCCCGUCCUCGUCCUGCCAGGCAGUGUGCCAGCUCUCGGAGGCGGGGCUACCUCUGCCCCAGCUGGUCCAGUGCCCCGCCUGCAGCCUGGAGUUCUGCCGGGCGUGCCGGGCCAUCUGGCACCGGGGCCAGUCCUGCCAGGAGACCAUGCCCAUCAGCAGCUUCCUGCCAGGGGAGACCAGCUCCAUCUACAAGAGCGAGGAGGGGGACGACGCCCCCAUCAAGCGCUGUCCCAAGUGCAAGGUGUACAUUGAGAGAGACGAGGGCUGCGCCCAGAUGAUGUGUAAGAACUGCAAGCACGCCUUCUGCUGGUACUGCCUGGAGUCUCUGGAUGAUGACUUCUUGCUCAUCCAUUAUGACAAAGGCCCAUGCAGGAACAAGCUGGGCCACUCCAGGGCCUCUGUCAUCUGGCACCGGGCACAGGUGGUAGGUAUAUUUGCUGGCUUCGGUCUGCUCCUGUUGGUGGCCUCUCCCUUUCUCCUCCUGGCCACACCCUUUGUCCUGUGCUGCAAGUGCAAAUGCAGCAAGGGCGACGACGACCCUCUGCCCACCUAACCUUCACCAUCGCCCCGGCAACAGUCGGCAAGGUCCGGUUGUGGACAGUGGACCAGGUCAGCUGGUCCCCCAUGGGUUGUGGGGUCAGGCAGACAGGUCUGUGGGACCGCAGCCAGGGUUGAGCAGUGCUGGUUACAGGGACUGGACUGACCACGGCUGGUCUGACCUGGACUCUGAACUGGACAGUGGGUGUAGGUCCAGCCGCCUGUCCCAGACUGAGAGGGAGCUGGACGGAAGGAGGUUCAUGUGGAGGUUCCAGAGUUGUUGUUGUGUGAUUUGGUCUUGUACACGUGUCUCGACACUAACUCGUCUCACUGCAUAUAGAACGUGCUUAUAUUUAUUAACGGCUACAGCCGACCAGCUGAGGUCUGUUGAAGAGUCAGGUACAUAUGGAUGAACCUAUGAUCCCGUCACUUGGAGAACAGUAUUUAUGAGCUUCCAGAAAACCUCACUGAGGCUCAGUGCAGAGAAACCUCCUGGAAAUCUUCCAUUCAAAUUUAGAUGAGGAUUCAAAUCCCCUGGAUUUUUUUGUAAAUUCAGUCAAGUUAAAAUGUUUACGAAAAGGUCUUCAUAUCAAAUGAUGCUGUGUAGUCAACUCUAUACGUAGUGGUAAGGGACAUACUGUACUGAAAAGUAACUAUCAUUUAUAUCUAAAACCACUGACAAAAAUCCCUUUGGUCAUUUAAGAAUCAGUGUUUGAAUUGGUUCCUUAAUGCUGACAUUUAGCUAGCUUGGCAUCUCCAGACUAAUCUACAAAGGCGUAUUAGUCUGGAACUUCUCAGUUCAUUUUCAAGGGGCGAUAUCCCAGGCGCAGACCAACAUGUCUGUGGAUGAAAUAGGAUCGAAUUGGACAGAUACAACCAGUCAGAGCAGUGAAAUGUCACCAGGCUCUUCUGUACUGACAACAUCAACCUGCCCCAUGUCAGAUCAACGUGUGAUUGGCCCAGACAGAUUCUGGUCGAAGGGAAAUCUGUUGAGCGGGGAAAUUGCCACACCCCACUGCCAUCUACCAGAGCAAAUCAAACAUGAGCUUGCACGUGUGUCUGGUUCCCCAGCUAAGUUUCAGCAGUCAGGAUGUAGCCAACUCUAGCACCUACCUAACAGCAAGUUCAGUCUGUCCUCUGGUUUUCUGAAUCCCUUUACCCACACUGAGUUUAGCAUAUCCUCACCUUAAAUAUCGCUUUUGAUUUGAAACAGCCAAGUUGCCAUAAAAUGCCUUUUAAAAAUCAACUUUGAUAUGAGUCUUACACUCAUGUUUUAGUUUUUACCAAAAUGAUGUUAUUUGAUGUAUUGCAAUUCCAAACGUAAAUGCAUAGUGUUGCACUCAGUGUGACAUCACAAGUUCAAGAGCAGUGUACGGUAGCAUUCUAUUUUCUCACUAGCUUUUUACAAUGCAUUUCAGUCUUAGCUAUUGUUUUCUAUUUUGGUAUCUAUUUACUUACCAAUAUCAACAGUAGCUUUAUUUGGGUGAAGUUCUGUCAGCAUGGCAAUGGUGUACAUACAUUGGAGGGGGGGGGGGGUACUAGCAUUACAGGCAUUACAUUGUUGUACAUUUAUUUGAAGCCAAAUGUAGCCAAAAUGAACCUUUUAUGAAAAAACAUGUACAUGUAUUAGUUGACAUUUGUUGUUUUUUUAUAUUUCUAUUGCACUCAUGAAAUAAUUGUAUUCAAACUGUAAAAACAUUUAUGCUAUUGUAGCGUUUGUAGUUUGGUUCCUAUUCAGAUGUUUACAUAUUGUACUUGUGUUUGUAAAUCCACAUAUAUUGUGAAUAAAGAAGCACAUUUUGGUUGU